ACGCAAGCUGUCACUAUAAAUAAUCUUCGUUGAUUACCUCUAAAACCAUCAUUCAAUCAACACUCGAAACUUCGGAUCGAGUUGAAAAUCUCCAACUUUGAAAAUGACUUCUUCCGAGAUAUACAGAGAAGCCGGCCUCGUAAUGACGAAGGAGAUCAGAGAUGUUGCACCGGCGCAUUAUGUGCUCAAGAUUGAGUCUUUCUCUUUGUUCGCGAAGAACAACAAGGAGAAGUAUGAAUCAAACGAGUUUGAAGCAGGAGGCUAUAACUGGAAACUGAUCCUCUAUCCCAAUGGAGACAAGAGCCGAAACGGAGAAGAUCACAUCUCCAUAUAUCUGGCGGUUUCUGGGACGAGUCCUUUCCAACUUGAUAGGGCGAUUCACGUGGCCGUCAGGUUCUCUUUGUAUGAUCAUAUCUGCGAUAGAUAUUUAACUGAACAAGGGAGAGUCACGAGGUUUCACGCGUUGAAAGCCGAAUGGGGAGUUCCGAGAUACAUGCCGUUGAAAAUUUUCGCCGACCCGUCAAACGGAUACCUUGUGGACGACACCUGUGUCUUCGGUGUGGAUGUUUUCAUCAUCAAGAGUUUGGGAGUUGGCGAAUGUGUGAGGACGCUAAAGGAGAGCACAUCGUAUACUUAUGAAUGGAAGAUAUCGAGGCUCUCAGGCCGGUCAGACUAUCUUUACUCUGAUGAAUUCACCGUUGGAGUCCAUAAAUGGUAUGUGUGGCUAUUCCCGCGUGGUGAUUCGGCUAACAAGGGCCAAAACCUUUCGAUGUUUCUCCAUUUAUACGAGGCGUACAAUUUGGCUUCUGGUCAGAAAGUGAACGCGAGAUUCGUCAUUCGGUUAAAAGGCCCAAACAACGUUGUACACCAUCAGCCCGAAGCUUGUACUAAAUGGUUCAGUCGCUCCGACGUGGACUUUGGUUGGCCGUCUUUCCUGCCGCUGAAAACGGUUUGGGAACGCGUGAAGGAUGAUCCAUGUGUCAUUGAGGCUGAAGUCACGGUGCUCGGCACAGUUAGCAAACUGCCAUGACAGCAAAUAUAUGUAUUGGAUGUGUUCAUAAGCAGACAAUCACCGGCAAUUCUUUCCUCGUGACAAAUAAUACAUGGAUUGGAUGUGUUUGUUGACA